AAUAUUCCCAACCUCUACAGUAGUUGGAUUGGAGUACAACUAACUGGAACAUCACCAAAUAUAUAAAACUCGGUGCCUUUCUUUAUUCUCUCUAUCGAUUCUCCAAACAAACCCUACCCGUUUUCUGUCUUCCAAUUUCGCACAAUCGUGAUGGGUUCUGAAGGAUCCAGCGUCGUCGUUCCUAGGAAUUUCAGAUUAUUGGAAGAGCUUGAGAGAGGUGAAAAGGGAAUCGGGGAUGGAACUGUUAGCUAUGGAAUGGAUGAUGCUGAUGACAUAUACAUGCAGUCUUGGACAGGGACUAUUAUUGGCCCUCCUGGUACUGUUCAUGAAGGACGAAUCUACCAGUUGAAAUUGUUUUGUGGCAAGGAUUAUCCAGACAAUCCUCCAUCUGUUCGAUUUCAAACAAGGAUUAACAUGACAUGUGUCAAUCAAGAAAGUGGAGUGGUUGAGCCACAUUUGUUUCCUAUGCUUGCCUAUUGGAAACGUGAGCGAACAAUGGAAGACAUUUUGUUGCAAUUGAAGAAAGAAAUGAUGUCAGCCCAAAAUCGGAAGCUAACUCAGCCUCCUGAAGGUAAUGAAGAAGCUAGAAUUGAUCAAAAGGGUCUGGUGGUGAGAUGUUGUAUUGUGUAAUUCAGUGGAGAAUCCAAGAAUAAUAAUGUAAAUAACUAUAUUCAAUAGAUGAUCCACGUUCACGGACGCAUGCAUAAUGCAUUUAUAAUGUAAUUAUGGACCAUUUGGAACAAUUCCAAGAUAUAGUAGUGACUAUCAUAGCAGGUCUUGUGAAUCCUUUUAUUGUACUGAGGCUGUUUAUACAGCGGACUCUAAUUUCGCAGUUUAAAAUCCUUUUUUUUUUCUGUC